CAGUGGAGCCAAGAGCCCAGCUCCCGCUUCCGGCCGCCGAGAACCGAGAGGCCCCGCGUCCGACAGCCAGGGUCUCCGACCCCACUGGCUCCGGGGGCGGUCCAGGCGCAGGCAUAUACUGGUUGGGCUCCAGCUAUGGAGAAACUCCAUCGACAUGUGUCUACCCACCUGGACAUUCUGUCCUUGGAGAACCGGUGCCUGGCCACACUCCCUGACCUGCAGCCCAUGGAGAAACCACAUGGGCAUGUGUCUGCCCACCCAGACAUCCUCUCCUUAGAAAACCGGUGCCUGGCCACACUUCCUGACCUGAAGACCAUGGAGAAACCAUGUGGGCAUGUGUCUGCCCACCCAGACAUCCUCUCCUUAGAAAACCAGUGCCUGGCCACACUUCCUGACCUGAAGACCAUGGAGAAACCACAUGGGCAUGUGUCUGCCCACUCAGACGUCCUCUCCUUGGAGAAUCAGUGCCUGGCCACACUCCCCAUUCUAAAAAGUACUGUGUAUGCCAGCCCCUUGCUCCACUGUCUCCAGAGAGCUGAUUUGGUGAAAGCUGAUCGUAGCCUGAACAUCAGCAACUGCCUGCUCUCUGAGCCUCCAUCCUGGAGGGCCCAGUGCCUCUCUGAGGGGCUAGGCCAUCUGACCUGUCCCGGGGCCUUUAAAUCCAUCUCUGCCACAGAGAGAUCUCCUGAAACAGCUUUGGAUCAUUGUUCCUCUUCAGAAGAGAAAAUGCCAGAAGAGAAGGAACAGGCAGAGGUUCAAAUGCCUUUUUAUAAUCUAAGCUUGGGAGAGGAGGAGAAAGUGGAGGAGCCGGUCCUGAAGCUCACUGCUGGGGACUCUGGAUCUUGUUCUGAGCCCACUGACCAGGCCAUUAAGGAAAAGAAGAUGGUUCUCAUGAGCUUGCUGUGCUCCACGCUGGCAUCAAAUGUAAACAUAAAAGAUGCACAUGACCCUACCUCGGUGUCCCUCUUCGAAAUCUGUAGUGAACUUGCCCCCUUGGAGCCUGAGUUCAUCCUCAAGGCAUGUCUGUACACUAGGCAGCAGCUGAACGUCCGGGAUGUGGCCAACAAAAUGUUAGCCAUUGCUGCCUUCUUGCCCGUCUGCCGCCCUCACCUGCGACGAUAUUUCUGUGCCAUUGUCCAGCUGCCUUCUGACUGGAUCCAGGUAGCUGAGUUCUACCAGGACCUGGCUAAAGGAGAGGAGGACAAGCUGGUGCCCCUGCCUGCCUGCCUGCGUGCAGCUAUGACUGACAAAUUUGCCCAGUUUGAUGAGUACCAGCUGGCUAAGUACAACCCUUGGAAGCACCGGGCCAAGAGACGCCCUCACCGGCGCCCCCUCCCUCCAAAGACGGGGCGCCCAUUUUCUGAGACACAACGUUUGCCAAGGUACCUUAAUCCUCUUAAAGAUGAACAGAAGAAGUUUGAGGAGACCUACAAUGCAGUGCCAAAGAAAAUUCAGCCGAGAUUCACCCUGAAGAAGUUAGUACGGCGACUGCAUAUCCAGGAGCCUGCUCAGCAUGUCCAAGCUCUGCUGGGCUACAGAUACCCAUCCACCCUACAAAAGUUUUCUCGAAGUCACCUCCCUGGGCCAUGGGAUUCUAGUAGAGCUGGGAAGCGGAUGAAGCUCCCUCGGCCGGAGACCUGGGAGCGGGAGCUGAGCUUGAGGGGAAACAAAGCUUCUGUCUGGGAGGAACUCAUUGAGAAUGGGAAGCUACCCUUCAUGGCCAUGCUUCGGAAUCUGUGCAACCUGCUGCGGGUUGGAAUCAGUGCCCGCCACCAUGAGCUUGUGCUCCAGAAACUCCAGCAUGAGAAAUCGGUGAUCCACAGUCGGCAGUUUCCAUUCAGAUUCCUUAAUGCCCAUGAUUCCAUCAAUAACCUUGAGACUCAGCUCAGAAAUAAAGCAUUGCCACUUCCUUCCAACACGAAACUGGUACGUUCGAUAAUGAUUAGAAAUGCGAGAAAGAACAAGAAUUGGACCUAUCGGAGGUAUCCUCGCAACCCAAGUCGUCGGGAACUUCGGACAACAAUGAUGAUACCUGUGAUAUAUGAGCAGCUUAAGCGGGAAAAGCUGAAAAUACAAAAGGCCAGACAGUGGAAAUAUGAUGGUGAGAUGCUGGUUCGGUAUCGUCAGGCCCUAGAGACAGCUGUGAACCUCUCCGUGAAACACAACGUGCCCCCGCUGCCGGGCCGCACCAUCUUGGUCUAUCUGACAGAUGGCGGUGCAGACCAGUUCUGUCCCAAGCGCAACCCAGAAGGGCCCCACCUAAACUAUGUGCUGCUGCUGAUUGGGAUGGUAAUUGCACGGGCGGAGCAGGUGGAUCUCUUACUGUGCGGAGGAGACACUGUGAAGACUAUCACAGUUAAGGCAGAAGAAGGUAUCCUGAAGACGGCCGGCAUACUCCAGGCUCAAGUCCAGGAGCCAGAUGGACAGGAUGAAUGGUCCCUGCACACUUUUGGGAAGUACCUGUUGUCUCUGGCUGCCCAAAGGGUCCCUGUGGACAGGGUCAUCCUCUUCGGCAGUGAUAUGUAUGAGAAACUGAUAAAUGAGGCCAAACAGCGUUUCUGGCAGCAUGUGAAUUCCAAGUGCCUCUUUGUUUGUGUUCCCCUAAGUAGGAUAUGUGACAUAUUAUCAGAUUCAAAUCCCAAUGACGUGACACUCUCAGGCUGUAAUGACGGGAUCCUGAAGUUCAUUGCAGAGCGUGGAGUCUCCUGUCUUCUAGAGCACGUGGGCCAAAUGGACAAAAUAUUCAAGAUUCCACCACCCCCAGGAAAGACUGGGGACCUGUCUCUCCGGCCACUGGAAGAGGUCACUCUAAGCCCCUUGGCUCUGAUUUCCCAGCAUGGAUGGCGCAGCAUCAGGCUUUUCAUUUCCUCCACUUUCCGGGACAUGCACGGGGAGCGGGACCUGCUGCUGAGGUCUGUGCUGCCAGCAUUGCAGGCCCGAGCGGCCCCUCACCACAUCAGCCUUCAUGCCAUUGACCUGCGCUGGGGCGUCACUGAGGAGGAGACCCGGAGGAACAGACAACUGGAAGUGUGCCUUGGGGAGGUAGAGAACUCGCAGCUGUUUGUGGGGAUUCUGGGCUCCCGCUAUGGCUACGUUCCCCCCAACUACAACCUCCCUGACCAUCCUCACUUCCGCUGGGCCCAGCAGUACCCUCCAGGUCGCUCUGUGACAGAGAUGGAGGUGAUGCAGUUCCUGAAUCGGGGCCUUCGCCAGCAGCCCUCUGCACAAGCUCUCAUCUACUUCCGGGAUUCUGGCUUCCUCAGCUCUGUCCCAGAUGCAUGGAAAUCUGACUUUACUUCUGAGUCUGAAGAGGCCGCACAUCGAAUCUCAGAACUGAAGAGCUACCUGAGCAGACAGCAAAGGAUUACCUGUCGUAGAUACCCCUGUGAAUGGGGGGGUGUGGCAGCCAGCCGGCCCUAUGCUGGGGGGCUGGAGGAGUUUGGAAAGUUGGUCCUGCAGGAUGUGUGGAAUAUGAUCCAGAAGCUUUACCUACAGCCUGGGGCCCAGCUGGAACAGCCAGUGUCCAUCCCAGAUGAUGACUUGGUCCAGGCCACCUUCCAGCAGCUGCAGAAUCCAUCAAGUCCUGCCCGACUGCACCUUCUUCAGGACACAGUGAAGCAGCUAACGCUGCACCGAGGGAGGCUGAGCCUGGUGACCGGGCAGUCGGGACAGGGCAAGACGGCCUUCCUGGCAUCCCUUGUGUCAGCACUGCAGGCUCCUGAUGUGGCCAAGGUGGCCCCCUUAGUCUUCUUCCACUUUUCAGGGGCCCGCCCUGACCAGGGUCUUGCCCUCACCCUGCUCAGACGCCUCUGUGCCUAUCUGCAUAGCCAACUGCAAAAGCCAGGUGCCCUCGCCACCACCUACCGGGGCCUGGUAUGGGAGCUCCAGCAGGAACUGCUGCCCAAGUGUGCUCAGUCCCUGAAAAGUGGCCAAACCCUGGUGUUGAUCAUCGAUGGGGCUGACAGAUUGGUGGGUCAGCAUGGGCAGCUGGUCUCAGACUGGAUCCCAAAGACACUUCCCCCGCGGGUGCACUUGGUACUGAGCGUGUCUACUGACGCCGGCCUGGGGGAGACCCUGGAGCAGAGCCAAGGUGCCCAUGUGGUGGCCCUGGGGCCUCUGAAACUAUCUGCCCGGGCCCGGCUGGUGAGAGAGGAGCUGGCCCUGUAUGGGAAGCGGCUGGAGGAGUCACCUUUUAACAACCAGAUGCGGCUGCUGCUGGUGAAGCGGGGAUCAUCCCUGCCACUCUACCUGCGCUUGGUCACGGAUCACCUGAGGCUCUACACAUUCUAUGAGCAGGUGUCUGACAGACUCCGGACCCUGCCGGCCACUGUCCCCCUGCUGCUGCAGCACAUCCUGGGCACCCUGGAGCAAGAGCAUGGCCCUGAUGUCCUUCCCCAAGCUUUGGCCACCCUUGAGGCCACACGCAGUGGUCUCACUGUGGACCAGCUGUACGGAGUGCUGAGUGCAUGGCGGAUACUUCCCAGGGGAACCAAGAGCUGGGACGAAGCAGUGGCUGCUGGUAACAGCGGGGACCCCUUCCCCAUGGGCCCAUUCGCCUACCUCGUCCAGAGUCUGCGCAGUUUGCUAGGGGAGGGACCCCUGGAGCGCACCGGUGCCCGGCUCUGCCUCCCUGCUGGGCCCCUGAGGACAGCAGCCAGAUGUCGAUACGGGAAGAGACCAGGGCUGGAGAAGACAGCACACACCCUCAUUGCAGCUCAGCUCUGGAAGACAUGUGACCCCGAUGCCUCGGGCAUCUUCCGAAGUUGCCUUCCUGAGGCUCUGGGAGACUUGCCUCACCACCUGCUCCAGAGCGGGAACCGUGACCUUCUUGCAAAAUUCCUCACCAAUCUCCACGUGGUGGCUGCACAUCUGGAACUGGGUCUGGUCUCUCGGCUCUUGGAGGCCCAUGCCCUCUAUGCUUCCUCAGUCCCCGAAGAGGAACCAAGUCUUCCUGAGACUGACACUGCUGUGUUUCACACAUUCCUGAGGCAGCAGGCUCCAAUCCUCAACCAGUACCCCCUGCUCCUGCCCCAGCAGGCAGCCAACCAGCCUCUGGACUCGCCUCUUUGCCACCAGGCACCCCAGCUUUCCCAGCGGCGUUGGCGCCUCCAGCACAUGCUACGAUGGUUGAAUAAACCCCACACCGUGGGGGGCCGGCAGAGCUCCAGCCUGUCUCUGACAGUUUCCUCAUCCCCCACUGCAGUGGCCUUGUGCCCCAGGGGGCAAAGAGCUGCUGUGGGCACAGCCAGUGGGAUGGUUUACCUGUUGGACCUGAAAACCUGGCAGGAGGAGAAGUCCUUGGUGAGUGGCUGUGAUGGGGUAUCCUCUUGCUCAUUCCUCUCGGACAGUGCCCUCUUUCUCACUGCCUUUGAUGGGCUUUUGGAGCUCUGGGACCUGAAGCAAGGUUGUCGGGUGCUCCAGACCAAGGCUCACCAGUACCAAAUCACCGGCUGCUGCCUCAGCCCAGACCGCCGACUGCUGGCCACUGUGUGCCUGGGAGGAUGUCUGAAGCUGUGGGACACAGUCCGCUGGCAGCUGGCCUUCGAACACACAUGUCCCAGGCCCCUGAACUGCGUUACUUUCCACCCAGAAGGGCAGGUGAUAGCCAUAGGCAGCUGGGCUGGCAGUUUCAGCUUCUUCCAUGUGGACGGGCUCAAAGCUAUCAAGGAACUGGGAGCCCCAGGAGCCUCCAUCCGUACCUUGACUUUCAAUGUGCCUGGGCGGGUUGUGGCUGUGGGUCGGCUGGACGGGAUGGUGGAGCUGUGGUCCUGGCAUGAGGGGGCGCGGCUGGCUGCCUUCCCUGCCCACCAUGGCACAGUGGCCGCUGCCCUUUUCCUGCGUGCUGGGCGCCAGUUACUGACAGCCGGAGAGGAUGGCAAGGUUCAGGUGUGGUCUGGAUCUCUGGGUCAGCCCCGGGGAUGCCUUGGUUCCCUUCCCCUCUCUCCUGCCCUCUCUGUGGCUCUCAACCCAGAUGGCGAUCGAGUGGCUGUUGGGUACCGAGCAGAUGGCAUUAGGAUCUAUAAAAUUGCUUCAGGUUCCCAGGGGGCUCAGUGUCAAACACUAGAUGUGGCAGUGUCGGCACUGGCCUGGCUCAGCCCUAAGGUGUUGGUGAGUGGUGCAGAAGAUGGGUCCCUGCAAGGCUGGCAACUCACGGAAAGUUCCCUUCAGUCCCUCUGGCUCUUGUCCAGAUACCAGAAACCCGUGUUGGGACUGGCCACCUCCAACGAACUCUUAGCUUCUGCCUCAGAAGAUUUCACAGUGCGGCUCUGGCCAAAGCAGUUGCUGACACUGCCCCAAAAGGCAGAAGACUUUCCCUGUGGCACUGAGCUCCGGGGACACGAGGGGCCUGUAAACUGCUGUAGCUUCAACACUGAUGGAGGCAGGCUGGCCACUGGGGGCAGGGACCGGAGUCUCUUCUGCUGGGAUGUGCAGAUGCCCAAAGCCCCUGUUCUGAUUUACUCCUUCUCUGCUUGUCACCGUGACUGGGUCACCGGCUGUGCCUGGACCAAAGACAACCUAUUGGUCUCCUGCUCCAGUGAUGGCUCUGUGGGGCUGUGGGACCCAGAACUGAAACAGCAGCUUGGCCAGUUCCUAGGUCAUCAGAGUGCCGUGAGCGCCGUGGUAGCCGUGGAAGAACAUGUGGUGUCUGUGGGCCGAGAUGGGACCUUGAAAGUGUGGGACCAUCAGGGCGUGGAGCUGACUAGCAUCCCUGCUCACUCAGGACCGAUCAGCCACUGUGCAGCUGCCUUGGAGCCCCAGCCAGCUGGGCAGCCUGGGUCAGAGCUUCUAGUGGUGACUGUUGGACUGGAUGGGGCCACACGGUUGUGGCAUCCACUCUUGGUGUUUCAAACACACACCCUCCUGGGACACAGUGGUCCAAUCAGUGCAGCUGCUGUUUCAGAGACCUCAGGCCUCCUGUUGACUACCUCAGAGGAUGGUUCCAUUCGGCUCUGGCAGGUACCUAAGGAAGCAGAUGACAGGUAUAUGCCCAGGAGUCCUACAGCCAUCACUGCUGUGGCCUGGGCCCCAGAUGGUUCUAUGGCAGUGUCUGGGAAUCAAACUGGGGAACUAACCUUGUGGCAUGGAGCUAAGGCUGUGGCCACAGCACAGGCUCCAGGCAGCAUCAGUGCUCUGAUUUGGUACUCAGCACACACCUUGAUUGUUCUCAGUGCUAAUGAAAAGGUCAGCGAGUGGCAAGUGGAAUUGCAGAAGGGUUCGACACAGACAAAUUUCAGUCUUCACCUGAACCGAGUUCUGCUGGAGGACUUAGGGUUCCUGACAGGUGUGGCCCUGGCCCCAGACGGUCACACCCUCAUCUUGGCCAAAGCAGAUUUGGAGUUGCUGCACAUGAAGCCAGGGGAUGCUCCCUCUGUAAUCUGGAGCGGCUUUACAGAAUAUCCUAUUAUGUUGUCUACCCAUCAAGACUAUGGUGUGUUUGUCCUACAGCUAGGGAACUCUGGAGUUCUUUAUUUCAUUAGGCAAAAGGAAUCAGGAGAGUUUGAACAGAGCCUGAACUUUGAUCUGACCUUGGAGAAUCCAAAUGGGACCCUAGUGUUAGUAACUCAGGCCAAACCUGAAUCUGAGUCGUCAUAUUUGUGUGCCAGUUCUGAUGGGAUGCUAUUGAAACUCGCCAAAUGCACCCAGGAAGGAGAAUGGGACACAGGUGACAUCUGGCAGAAAGAAGCAGAAAUGCCUGAAAUUCCAGCUCCAGGGACAGAGCCAUCUAUGAAUGACAGCAUAGAUAGCUGGUCACCGCCCCCACAGCUAAAGACGCAGCAGCGUAGAAAGAUUCACUCGGGCUCUGUCACGGCUCUCCAUGUGCUGCCGGGGCUGCUGGUGACAGCCUCAAAGGACAGAGAUGUUAAGCUGUGGGAGAGACUCAGUAUGCAACUGCUGGGCCUGUUCCAAUGCGAAGGGGCUGUGAGCUGCCUGGAACCUUGGCUGGGCCCUAACUCCACCCUGGAGCUCGCAGUGGGAGACACACAGGGCAAUGUGUACUUUCUGUCCUGGGAAUGAAGGCAGAGACACCACUGUGCUAGAGAUGCAAAGCCUGAAGAUACCAGUGGCUACUUUCUUGAUUAAAUUUUAAAAAUAAAGUGUCAGAAAACCUCAA